UCAGCAAAUGGAGUUGUUGACCUUUUACGUCAUAUCGUUUGGCUCGUGUGUGCCUCACUGAUCACUCUUCGUGGCCGGAAAAUAUGUAUUAGCUCCCGUUGAUGUGUAGGUAUUGUCAGACGUUAAGAUAUAGGUUGACGCCUAAUUAAUUUCAAGAAAUGGUAAUGAACAAUGAAAUCAUAUGUCAGAUAAAUUUAAAUAAUCUAAAAUAUGAUGGCGUAUUACGAGGUGUGAACUCUGAAAGGAAUUGACCACGACUUCGUUAUGUAGGUAUUCAGAAAAAAACUGAAGAAAUAUGGAUGAAUCAGAAAUUGAAGUCUCAGAAGUUGAAGAGAGGACAGAGUCUGAAAGUGGAGAAACCGAAGAAGAAAAAAGUCCUGAACUACCAAUGCUAGUGAAAAAGCAACGUGCAAGCAGAGUUAAUAAUGCCCAUUUAAAGAUCGUUUUUGGAGUAAUAAAAGAACUUGAUGAACGCAGUGAUCCUGUUGUUUUUGCUGUCCUGAAAAAGCUCUCAAUGCCGCUUCUUAAGAUGACUGGUGAUGACCUGACAGAAUACCUACGUAGGAUUCUAGAUUUACUUGUUAAACGAGGUUCUGUUAAAGUUGAUGGUGAAAGUUUCGAAGAAGCCACCUUCACAGUGGUCAAUCGGCAGAGGAGGAACAAUGUUGUCUGCAGCAGGGCUCCGGUCAAAGCCAAAGCUAAACCGACUCUAGGCGCAGCUUCUAAUAGGACAAGGAAGAUGAACUUCCCAGAAAGCAAUUCUUCAUCAGAAGAUUCUUCUAAUGAUGUUGAAACGGAAUCCCCGCAAGCAGUGGACCUGAAUGAAGAUGCCGAAAGUACGUCUAGUGACAAUUCUCAUUCGCAGACACAGCUGACGGCAAGGCAAAGAAAAACUGGUGUCUCCAACAAACGAAAUGCAGAAACACCUUCAUCUUUCAAUACUCAAAGCACCAAAUCCAUAAAGGCGAACACUAAAAGAAGUGCAAAUAAAAAGCCUGCGAAAUUUGCGUUUAAGGUAAAACCUUUUUUAGGUGUGACUGCAUUCAAGGGCGCAAAAUCUUCUGGUAAAGCUGUCAAAGUACCAAUCCAGUCAGAAAAUGAAUUGCCUUCGUCAGUUGAGUCACCCGACAGUUUAACCAAGUCGCUAAGCAGACUAGCUAUAUUGCCAGACAGACCAGCCAAAUUGACUGGCAGAGCAGCACGAUCGGCCCGCAUACCGAGUAAGUCACCCAUUAGACCAGCUAAGUUGCCCGGCAGACCCGCCAAGUCGGCCGGCAGACCCGCCAAGUUGCCCGGCAGACCCGCCAAGUCGCCCGGCAGACCCGCCAAGUCGCCCGGCAGACCCGCCAAGUCGCCCGGCAGACCCGCCAAGUCGCCCGGCAGACCCGCCAGAGCAGCAAAAUUACGCAAAAUUACUGUCCCAAUUGAAGCCUUGCCGCUUUUGCCUUCUGUAGAGAAUAAACUGCCCAAAAACGUCAAAGUAACAGCAAAGAAAAAGACGACUGAAGUGAUGCCAGCUGAUGUUGAAACAGUAACCUCGUUAAAAAUAAAGGCAGGUCAAAAAGGUGCCCCCAAGACAAGAGGUCGGAAGCCUAAAACUACUGCUUAAUCUUCUUCACUAUUUCACCAUCUGAAAGAAAGGAGACGAAAAUUUUAGCCAGGAAUACCAGGACGAAAAUGUUGACCAAAGCAGCGACAAAGAAAAAAGUUCUGAUGGGAGGUGCAGUUAGACCGCCGUUUCAAAUUACACAUUACGAGAGUUUGGCAGAUAGUCUUUAGAUCUGAUAUGUUUAUUACAGCAGAAUGGAACUAGGUUUAUCUUCGCACCAUUUACCGCAUGUUUUAGCUGCAUGCGUUAAAUUUGUCGAUUAGGUUGUCCAUUUUACUCCAUAGUGAUACCAUUUAACAUUUUAUAAUACCAAAGGGAACUGAAUAAUACGGAACUGAAGUAACGCUAAGACGAAUCGUCGAUUUGUUGAGACUGAGGCAGAUAACCAUUUCCCAGUAAUUUUUAUUUUAAGAUCGGAAUAUCCCAAUUGCUUCGGCUAAAAUAACACGUUCAUCAGAUGUCGGCCUCGAAGAACCGAAUAAAAUGGCAAAGCACCGCGGUUUCAUGGCGUGAUCUUGAAAAUGUUUCAAACGCUCCACUCUCAAAAUAAUUUUUUUUUUGCAUUUCAUCCAGUGUAUCUUAUAUGGUUGUGCUUCACUUUUUAGAAUAAAAUUUUUGAAAUGAAGUUGCAAUUGA